CUAAAAAUCCCCGGCUGUCACACAUUGCGGCUUGCGCGCCUACUUCAUCCCUUCCCGGAGAAGAAGAACCCCUUUUUGUUUUUCUCCGAUCUGCAUCUGGAACAAGGCAAAGAUGCAGAUCUUCGUGAAAACUUUGACUGGGAAGACCAUCACGUUGGAGGUGGAAUCCUCCGACACCAUUGACAACGUGAAGGCCAAAAUCCAGGACAAGGAAGGCAUCCCUCCGGACCAGCAACGACUCAUCUUCGCCGGGAAGCAGCUUGAGGACGGGCGUACUCUCGCCGACUACAACAUCCAGAAGGAGUCAACCCUCCACUUGGUGCUUCGACUCCGCGGUGGUGCUAAGAAGCGCAAGAAGAAGACCUAUACCAAGCCUAAGAAGAUCAAGCACAAGAAGAAGAAGGUGAAGCUCGCUGUGCUUCAGUUCUACAAGGUCGAUGAUUCUGGUAAGGUUCAGAGGCUACGCAAGGAGUGCCCCAAUGGUGAGUGCGGCGCCGGAACCUUCAUGGCCAAUCAUUUUGAUAGGCACUACUGUGGUAAGUGCGGUCUCACCUAUGUUUACCAGAAGGCCGGUGGCGACUGAUUGAUUGUGGUCGGUGGUUUUACAAUUAGGAUUAUCUUAAAUGUUUUGCUUAAAUAAUUGUUGGACCUAAAUAUAUCUUCUGGUUCUUUUGGAGGAUUUAUAAUUUUGGAAAUUUUUCGUUCAUUUGUUUCUUUUGAUUUGUUUGAGCUUACAACUAGUAAGCUGAUUAUGCUAUGGAUUUAUCUCAAUUUGUUCCUGCGGCCUUGUUGUUUUUUGUUCCUUGGAGGUUUUGUUUAGUGUUUUAGAAAAGAAGAACUCCAUUGAAUGAAGGAUGCUGGCUAAUUAGACUCUUUCCA